CCCCCCUGCCCAGCUCAUUUCUGUGCAGAUCCUGAAGGAAGCAACAUGUUCUUGUGCUGCCUACCGAAGCGCAGAGGAUGCAGGCAGAGGAGAGCCCACCCACCAAACACGUCCCCUCACUGGGCAGGUCCUGUCAGGCUUCCCCAAUGCCUCCGGCCCUUUGGCAAAAAGAAUCAAAAGGCCACGGAUGAACUAGGAAGGAGGCAGGAAGACACGCACUCCUCCCUGACCCCAGAGUCCCCGGUCCUGGGGAGGCCUCCGGUACCUCCCAGACCACGGCCCGCGGUACUCCAUUGGACUGCGGCCCUGGACGCGGAGCCCACGGAGGCCAAGUCCGAGGCUACUCCAGUGGAGGAGCUAGACCCACUCCCAACUUCAGCAACUCCGGAGGCGGAGAUGGUGUCUGGAAUCACUUCAGGAGGAGACCGGGAGCCGACAGGUGCCCUGGUGCCUGCCCACGGAGAUGCUGAUGCUGUCCAGGGAGAGCUGGCUCCUGCUCCUGCCCCCACCCCUGCUUCUGCCUCUCCACCUUCCCCUGCCCCUGCCAGAGCGACUCCCACUUCCCCUGCCCCUGCCUGUGCUCCUGUUCUGGCCCCUGACCCAGAUCCUCCCUUGGUCUCACCCCUUCCCCGACCCCUCCCUGUGCCCCUGUUCCUGCCCCAGACCCAGCUCCUGCCUUUCACUCUGCACCGGCCAUCACCCCUGCACUUGCCCCAGCUCCUGCUUCUGCCCCUUCCCCUGCCCCUAUCCCUUCUCCUUUCUCUGACAGAGACACUGCCCCUGCGCCUGCCCCAGACCCAGCUCCUGCUCUGGAGCCUGCACUGGCCACUACUGCUGACCCUGUCCCCGCCCCUAGCCCAACCCCGGCCCCUAAACCUGCUCCUGCGGGGCUCCCAGACCCGCAUCCAGGGCCCACAACUCUGCGUGGUGAUCUCCCCAGAAAAAUACCCUGUGAAACGAGGGGCGCACGAGCCGACAACUACCUUUUGGCAAACCAGUGUCUUCCUGAGACACAGGCCCGCCUCCCAGCGAGGCCCCAGCCCCCGGGGACACGGGGCCCUGACACCAUGCCCUACAGGUACCUCGGCGCAGAGAAGCAUCUUCCCAAGGGCCGCUCACUCCCUCGUCCUCUGCGUCGACCUUGAGGAGGAAGUACAGGAGGUGAAAGAGGGCGUCUUCAGACCAGUGGCCAUGGGCUUGGAGGUUCUGAGGUGCUGCGCCCACUGGGGCAAGGACAACCAACACCUGUUCGCUUUUCAAAGCACACUCUUGCAAUUAGCGCUGAAGUUGUUCCACAUGCCUGUUCUGGGUGUGAGAACCCGCAGGGAUUCUGCUGGAAAGACCCUGAAUCUCCACAUCCUUUUGCUGGAUGAUCCGAGUGAGUUUCCCGAUCUCCUCUUUGGAGAGCCGAUCCAUCUGCUGGGUCAGUCAGAUGUUCUGUUCAGUGAGAAGCUUCAUUUCCAGUUCCUGUUCUUUGAUUCCUUGGACUAA